CUGUAUGAUUUAAAAAUAGACACCUCAGCUCGUCUUCUGCUCGCUGACAGUCUGGCCGACUAGGCUUCUCGCGACUAGGCUUCUCCUGGCUUCGCGAGGACGGGAAUGCGAACAUGGCUACGGAUCUGGGAGAGCUGCUGGUUCCGUACAUGCCCACCAUCCGCGUGCCCAGGACGGGGGACCGUGUUUUCAAGAGCGAGUGCGCCUUCUCCUACGACUCUCCCGAGUCAGAGGGAGGCCUAUACGUGUGCUUGAACACAUUUCUGGGUUUCGGCAGAGAACAUGUGGAGAGACACUACCGCAAAACAGGACAGAGCGUCUACAUGCACCUCAAACGCACAGUCAGAGAGAAAGCCACAGGUGCAGCAGGAGGUACUGUGCCGAAGAGGAGGAAUGGAAAAGUAUUUUUAGACCUGGAGCUGGAGCGGGAUUUAAACGGAGUGGACUACGAGUAUGAGGACGAAGCCAAGCUGGUUAUUUUCCCCCACCACUACGAAAUCCCCCUACCCAACAUAGAGGAACUACCUGCACUGGUCACUAUAGCGUGUGAUGCGAUCCUCAACGCUCCCUCUGCGUAUAAGAAGCAAGAGCUGGACUCAUGGGACGAGGAGAUUCAGGUGUCACGACACGCACGCAGCUUACGGCAACUGGACAACGCAGUGCGCAUACCACCCAGUGGCUGGAAGUGCUCUAAGUGUGAGCUGCGGGAGAACCUGUGGUUGAACCUGACGGACGGCUCGGUUCUGUGUGGCAAGUGGUUCUUCGACGGGAGCGGCGGGAACGGACACGCGCUGGACCACUACAGAGAGACCAACUACCCCCUCGCAGUCAAAAUGGACACCAUCACACCAGACGGAGCAGAUAUAUAUUCCUUUGAGGAGGAGGAGGCAGUACUGGACCCAAACAUCUCAGAUCAUCUGGCGCACUUUGGCAUUGACAUGCUCAAGAUGAACAAGAAAGAAAAUGGUCAGACGGAGAACAGUCGCCGUAGCGAGUGGGAGGUUCUCCAGGAGGCGGGGCUUAAGCUGAAGGGCGUGUUCGGCCCCGGGUACACGGGCAUUCGUAACAUAGGCAACAGCUGUUACAUCAGCACCACGUUACAGGUUCUCUUCAGCAUACCAGACUUCCAGAGGGCGUACGUAGGAAAUUUACAGAGAAUAUUUGACUACUCUCCUCUGGACCCUACGCAGGACUUUGCAACACAGAUGGCUAAGCUUGGCCAUGGUCUGUUGUCUGGUCUCUAUGCGAAGCCUCCAAUGAAGUCAGAGCUGAUUGAACAGGUGAUGAAAGAAGAAUUCAAGAAGCAGCAGAAUGGCAUCAAUCCGCGUAUGCUGAAGUCGCUGGUCAGUCGAGGCCAUCCAGAGUUCUCAUCCAACAGACAACAGGACGCACAGGAGUUCUUACUACAUCUCAUCAACCUCGUAGAGAGGAACAGUGCGGGGGCAGAAAAUCCAAGUGACGUGUUUCGUUUCCUGGUGGAGGAGAGAGUCCAGUGCUGUCAGUCGCGGAAGGUCAAAUACUCACAACGCACAGACUACCUUCUACAGCUACCAGUACCCAUAGAGGCAGCCACCAACAGAGAGGAGCUGAUAGCAUACGAGGCUAAGCGCGUGGAGGCGGAGAGCCAGGGCUCUCUGGUGCCCCCUGGUGAGCCGGUGAGGGCGCGCGUCCCCUUCAGCUCCUGUCUACAGGCCCUCACAGAACCACAGAACGUCCCCGACUUCUGGAGCUCAGCACUGCAGGCCAAAUCAGCCGGAGUCAAGACGUGCCGGUUCGCUUCGUUCCCAGACUACAUGAUGCUGCAGAUCAAAAAGUUCACCUUCGGAGUCGACUGGGUACCCAAGAAACUCGAUGUGUCAAUAGAUGUUCCAGACUUCCUGGAUCUGAAUCGGCUGCGUGCUACUGGCCUGCAGAGCAGUGAGGAGGAGCUACCAGACCUCGCUCCACCAAUCGUCAUUCCCGAAGACACCAGAGAUAACUCCAUGAGCAACUCCACAGACUCUCCAGAGAUAGACGAGGCGUCGGUUAUGCAGCUGGCUGAGAUGGGCUUCCCCAUAGAGGCGUGCAGGAAGGCCGUCUACUACACGGGCAACAUGGGGGCCGAGAUGGCCUUCAACUGGGUCAUCGCUCACAUGGAGGAACCUGACUUUGCGGAGCCUUUGUCGGUACCUUUGUUGGAGGCGGAUGCUCUGAGUCCAGCUAUUGCGCCCCCUAGUGACCACCAGCACAGUAACCAGCCGCCAGAGGAGAGCAUCGCCAUCAUCACCAGCAUGGGCUUCCCCCGCUCACACACCAUACGGGCCCUACGCUCCACGAACAAUAAUCUGGAGCGUGCGCUGGAGUGGAUCUUCAUCCACCCGGAUACAGAGGAGGAGGAGCCCGAAGAGGGAGUGUCCGACUUAGCCGACAUAGAUGACCACGCCCACUCUGGAGUCGUCAACGGCCAUGCUGACCCCACACUCUCCCCCGAAACAGACGCCGCCGGCCCGCGAAUUAGAGACGGACCCGGCCGUUAUGAGCUGUUUGCCUUCAUCAGUCACAUGGGUGAGUCCACCAUGUCAGGACACUACGUCUGUCACAUCAAGAAGGAGGGCAGGUGGGUGAUCUAUAACGACCACAGAGUGAGUGUGUCAGAGCGCCCCCCGAAGGAACUGGGAUACAUCUACUUCUACCGCAGACUGGCCAGCUGCUAGACAAGACACACACACACACACACACACACACACACCCACACACACAUGCAAGCACACACACACACACACACACACACACACACACACACACACACACACACACACACACACACACACACACA